AAGGGUUCUCCUUCGCCUUUUCCCGCUCACGAGAGUGGAGCCAAAGAGUUGGUCGAGCACGGAACAGCAACUGCGGCUUCAAGCCACUCCGUCGCAACGUCAGCGUCUACUUCGCCGGAAGGGUUCCGUGAUCCGGCGGCACUGCUGCUUGCAGAGAAGGGCCGACAUGGCGAGAAAGCGCAGUCGCAAAUGCUUGUGAAUUUAGAAAAGCCUCCCAAGGAAAUCGAGAGCCCUGGAUCCCAAGCCGUAAGCGAGGUUCGCCCUUCGCCGAGCGUAGGAGGCGUUCAGAGUGUGAGCAGUCGCACAAGUGGCCAUGGCUGCCCAGCGUCAGCAGACAAGUUGCUUUUCGACCCGCACCAGUCUCAGCUGGUGCUGAACGUGUCACCCCUGAGGCCGACAUCUGGGAGCUCGCCCAGGAAGGCCAAGGCUGGGCAGCGGUUUCCGCGCAUCAAGAAGAUGUCCAUGCGCAUGGCGGAACUGAGGAAGUUCAGACUGAACAGCGUGAACCGAUCUCUGGAUCCCUGCGAAGACUUCAGCAAAUACGCCUGCUCGGCGUGGUCUCCUCCACGGGCAAGGGCAGACUACGCCACGUCAAGCUUCACGCAGCUCAUCCGUGCAUGGUUCGAGGGCUUUAGCGGCCUCCUGCUGGACGCCUCGAAGCACGGAUUCACGGUCGCUGACGGGCCAGCAGCCAUGCUACGGGCUUGCCUAAACCCCAACACCAAGGCGAGCGUGCCAGGCAUAAAAGAGCUACGAGACCUAAUGGCCUCCGUCCACCUCAAUUGGCCCGACCCGCCUGAUGACGAGGCCAGCCCGCUGGGAGUCUUGCUGCGACUAGCCCAUGAUUUCGGAGUACGAACCUGGUUUACCAUUCGCGUGUACCGGCGUAACACCAGCCACACCAGCACUGUACACCUCAGCCCGGCCGACGCCAUCGGCUUCGCCGUAAAACACCACAGGCGUGUGAGGGCUUCGAAAGCGUACGAGCUUUUAUGGCAAGCUUUCUACUCCCGCUUCCAGGAGUUCGGAAACGGAAGCACUGCGCCGAACGACGCUGCGAUAGAGAGGUCCGCGGUGAUGCAGACCUUCGUCCUGGAGCACAUCUUCGAGGCCAAGACAAACCCGAAAGCUCGUCCCGCAUGUUUUGUUAUGUCCGUCCUUGAUGGGUACACAGCCAACAUUUCAUCCGAGGAAUGGAUCGCUGAGAUAAACGAGGUAAUCCCCAGCGCCCAUGUGUCUCCUUCGGACAACAUCAGCGUGAGCGAUCUUGCGGUUCUCGAAGCGAUCGACGCUAUCUUCAAGUCCUUCACUCGCCGUGACAUUAUGGAUUAUUUGGGCUGGCAGCUGGCACAGUUGUACGGUCCGCUGGUUGAUCCGAUGCUAUCCAAGGAGUACUUUGGAGACGCGGAGCGCACCGCGAUCUACCUGCCUUACGUGUGCGCCCGUGAGGUUGAGGCAUCAUAUCCGGGUUUGUUGGCAGCGCUGCACUACCUCACGCGCCUCGACCAGUCGGCACGGAAUGCCGUCAGGAUGACCCUGGAGAGUGUCCUCAACACCACGGCCGCCCUAGUAGAUGGCGUCUCUUGGCUGGACGAGGUCACGAAGGCUGCGGCCACAGCUCAGCUUCGAAGUGUGAAAAUCCGCCUCUGGCCUCCUCCGUGGAUCCUGGAAAAAGAAGCCCUAACGCGCACCUACUCUCACUUCCCGGUCAACGCCACUUCACUGAUGGAUUUCCUGAAGCUGUCCCGAAGAGCGAUAAGGAAGCUGACCAAGUCGGAGCCAGAGUUCGAAGAGGUGCUUUCGAGUCCGCUGAGUGGCUCACUUCCUUACUUCAGCUACGACCAAGCCCUCGGCGAGGUGUCCAUAUCAGCGGGCGCUGUCCAGUUCCCGCUGUAUGUCCCCGGUGGCACUGCAGUCAUGAACUACGCUGGACUUGGCUUCUCGUUUGCGAUGCAUUUGGUGCGGUUUCUCGAAAGCGUUAGCCGCACGGGGACGGCUGAGCGACGGUGCACAGACAUCAGCGACGGCAACUUUUCAUCGUACACAGCUGCGCUUCGCAAGAGGUCUUCGUGUCUCGCGCCGGCUUACAACGGCAGCUUCUUCCCAGAGGUGGUAGCCUUGGAGGCCACUCACGCCGCAUUCCUCAACAGUGUCGGCGGUGCUCUUGACGGAGAGCGUCUCAUCAAAGAGUUCUCCAAUGAGCAGAUCUUCUACAUCGCACUCUGCUACUUCCAAUGCGGCCGUCAUGGUGGCCGACGUGAUUUCUUCAACCAAUGCAACAGGGCAGUUAUGACCCUGGAGGCCACCAACCCAGAGGUCGAUGGGCCCUGCUUCGGAGACGGCGCAGCAGCGCUCGCUGCUGUCGCCUGGGUGGCUGAGGGCACUGCCGCAGCCACACUCUUUGUGGGCCGGACCGAUACCGGAAUCUGCUACGGCAUCGCCCUCCUACGCGCCGCAUCAGCAUACCCUGCGAGCCUCUAUGCUUCGCUGCCUUCGUUGGUGUCCGAGUCGUUGCGGUGGGCGAGCCUGGUGUCCCUGGCAUUCGGCUGGACCGAAGUCGUGCACCGUCCUUUGCCCAAAACCUCCAGGCGCACCAUGACACUCAUGGACGGCGUAUUCACGCUCUUCAACGUGGGAUCUUCGGUGACCUCGAUACGGCAGGGUGUGUACAUGGUGCGACAGAAGGAAAAUCUGUUCGACAUCUGUCCCGGCAGCGCGAGGACCGCCGCUUCCAGCUUCGCCAGUUCAGCGGUCCUGGUGACACUGAGCUGCGUGUCGGCCUGGCGCAACAAGCACGGACAGCCCUGCUCAGCCUACAUCUGGUGCGUGCUGGGCCUCUUGGCUACGGCCGCCGUGAUUGACGCCGUAGCCUUGGCACAAUACCUGUGGUCCCUAGAGAGGAUGGUCUUGUCUGACUUCAACUACCAACGCGGCGUAGUCCUCGUCGAGGUGCUGGCCGUCUUCUUUCUACUGGGUUCGUUCCUUUCUACUGGUCUUCGAGACCGCAUCGUCUUCAAAGGACACGGCCACAAGUCUAAGGAGCGAGUCCAUGACGACACAUCUUCGCCUUUCGGCGUCUUUACAUGCUGGCCGCUACGCACCCACCUAGCCAACGUCGUGCUUCGGUCAAAGGCCGUCAUGGAGGACCUACCCCUGCUGCCUCGCAGAUUCAAGUGCAGUCAGCUGCUGCAGCAGUUCAGCGCUCACUUGUCCGAAGGAUGCAAGCACCAAUUCGAAAGGCCACGUCUGCCACCAAAGGAAGCGGCAAGUAAUCUACUGUUGUACUCUCUUCCUCACCGCAGGCAAAAGGCGACAACCACGGGCCGUUUUGUCGCCACGAUCGUGCGGGUACUCUGGAUUGACGUCCUGUGGACAGUCGUAAGCACCCUCAGCUACUUCGGAUGCGUGAUCAUCAAGGUGCCGAUUCUCGAGUCCCUUAUCGAAGCGCCCAGCGACUGGCACAGGGCCACGUCGGCGGUGCUGUUCGCGGCUGCCUCGGUGGCAGACCUGGUGCUGUGCUCCUACCAAACGCACGUGUCACUGCGAAUGUGCAUGCGUGUGCGUUCCAUGCUCCAGGCCGCCAUCUUCGCAAAGCUCUUUGUAAUACCUCUUUUCUCCGGCUUACCCUGGUCGCAGAUGACGCGCCUGUCGCCGUCCGCACUGACUCGCAACCCGUCUGGCUACGUGGUCUCCGUGCUCGGCGUGGACUGCGCGCAGCUGGGGGCCAGCAUGCUGCAGUUCCCGCUUCCCGUGAUUGGCUCACUGUGCAUGCCGCUGGUGCUGGGGCUGCUCGCCAUUCGCGCCGGGACCGUGCCGGCGCUAGGAUGCGCGGUGUGGCUCAUGAUCGUCCUCUUCCUGCCCUUCCCGACGUCGGUGCUGCAGAACGCGCUGUGGAAACGAGUGAUGCGGUUCCGCGAUGAGCGUCUGAAGAGCACCACGGACCUGCUGUCCUCGGUCCGCGUGGUAAAGCUGUACGCCUGGGAGGACGCCUACCUGGGCGCCGUGGGACGGACGCGAGACGCCGAGCUGGCCGUACUUCUGCGCACAAACAUGCUGGACGGUGUCAUGGACUCGAUCUACAGCUCCACGUCUUCCAUGGCAUGUGUCUCCUAUUUACGUGGAGCAUACUGUAGAGUUGUCCUAUGGCGUUUUGCUCGAGCAAAACUCAGACUCAAGCAAAACGCCGGUUGUAUACAGGGUGUCCCAGCUAACCUUAGCCAGAGUUUAAAAAAAUGCUUGACCAUAAUCCUGUUCGGGCUUUUGGCUGCUGUGGGAGGGACAGACACGUUGACACCGACGCUGUCCUUCUCGUGCCUUUACUUACUGUCGCUGACCGACAUGAUCACCAACAUGCUGGCCAACUCCCUGCGCAUGAGGAGCCUGGUGUCGCUCGGUCUGAGACGGAUAUGCAAGUUCUGCACCGAGGAGGAGCAGGAGGAAAGUCUCCCGGACUCCAAAGACCCCGCAAUACAGAAGGGGGAAGUGGUGCUCUCCGGGUGCAGCUUCUCGUGGACGCAUCACUCGUGCCACUCCUCCUCUCCGAUGCCCAGCGAGCCUUCGCUCAGGGACGUCACCUUCCGAGCAGCGCCCGGGUCCUUGGUGGCCGUCGUAGGCUUCGUUGGCAGCGGGAAGUCCUCUCUGCUGGCCGCCAUCUUGGGUGACAUGCAUCGCACGCGAGGCACCCUUCGCACGUCGGGUUCCAUUGCGUACGUGUCUCAGGUGGCGGCGAUAUACAACAUGACCGUCAGGGACAACAUCACGUUCGGGAAACGGUUCGACCCAGCUCUGUACGCACGAGUCAUCAAGGCUUGCGAACUUCUCAAUGACCUUAACACUUUUCCUGCCGGUGAUCUGACUGAGGUCGGAGAGAAGGGCGAGACACUGAGCGGUGGCCAGAAGCAGCGCAUCUCGCUGGCGCGCGCCGUCUACAGUUGCUCGCACAUCUACCUGCUCGACGAUCCGCUCAGCGCACUUGAUCCCACGGUGGCCGCCAGGGUCUUCAAGCACGUCGUCGGCAAGAGCGGGCUGCUCCGAAACACGACGCGCAUCCUUGUGUGCAACCAGGGCUCCCUCCUGAAGCACAUGGACCGGCUCGUGCUCAUGCACGACGGCACCGCGUCGGUCUUCGCCACCGUCUCCGAGCUGCUGCAGCACAAGGACACGCCGCGUACGGUGCGGGCGGCCCACUCCAGGCAGGCCAAUGCCAGGCAGACGACGGCCUGCGAUGUCAGGUAUAGCAAAACUCUGCGCGAAUUGCCCUUCCUCCGACCCACGCAGGACCUCGACAAGGUUGAGAGGGUUCCGCGGAGACUUGCUUUGGACGACAGGGACACUUCGGACCAGGAUGAGGCCAAGGGAAGGGUCACAGUGGAGGAAAGCAUAACAUCGUCAAAGACUACCCUGGAGGUGGUGAGCGCCCUCUGCCGGCUGUGCGGUGUGUGCGGACCCCUGGCGUUACUCUGCUUCGUGGCGAGUGCCGGGGCAGUGGCCUGGCAGCAGCUGUACGUGAAGCGGUGGACCGACACUAUGGCUGCGGGAGCUGGCUCGUCAGCCAACUGGGUUGGAGGCCUGGUCGCCAUCUCGCUUUCCGACGGUAACUUUCACGGGCUGGUUGGUUGCGGCUGGCACGUUCGGCCCGUCAUCUUUCAUUCCGUGCAGCUUUUAGCAUUGCUCGCACGUAUGUUAACGUACACGUGCGCCCGAAUACCUGGAAAACGUGAACUGCUGUUCCGCACGGCCGGCGGUUUCCUCCUGGCGGCGAGCUCGCAGCGCUUGUCGCGGCUGAUGCACCGCUCCAUGCUGGAGCACCUGCUGGCCAGUCCAAUGUCCUUCUUUGACUCGACGCCGCGGGGCCGCAUACUGGCGCGCUUCUCCACGGAUCUGGACGCCAUAGACUCCCGACUGUACCUAGGCGGCAAGCAGAGCCUGCAGAACGCGUUCAUCACCGUCGCCAAGCUGGUCGUUGUGGGGACGCAGACGCCACCCGUGCUGGCCGUGGGAGUGGUCGCCAUCGUCGCCAUGGUCCUCGUUAUGAGGCACUCGAUACAGGCAUCGAACGCGGCGCGCUACCUGGAGAGCCGGAACCUGAGCCGCAUGCUGCAGCACGUGACCGAGACGCGCGACUCGCUGAGCACGGUGCGCUGCCUGGGAGCGGUGCCGCGCUUCAAGCUGCACUACCAGCGGCUGUCGGACCUCGGGAUGCGCGCCUUCGGGGGGUUCUGCAUGUGCUUUCGCUUCUCGCGCUUCGCGGCCGGCCUGUGCGGCCUGGUCGUGGUGCUCGCGGCCCUGGCGUUCUCCGUGGCGCUGGCAGGCCGUGAGCCGCCGGAGCAGGCGAGCAGCAGCGUGGCGCUGGCGCUCAGCUCGUCCCUGUCGAUCCCGAUGAUGACAGUAGCCCUGUGCCUGUCGCUCUACGUGGUCCUUCAAGGCACAGUCUGCUUCGAGCGGGACCUCGAAUACACAGAGCUGCCCGCAGAGUCUGAGUGUCAGCCAGUAACAGAGAAAUUCACCCUGCUCGUCGCACCAACGCUCGGAGACACCUGGCCCAGCGAAGGUCUAGUGGAGUUCGAGAAGUACUCAGCCUCUUACCGUACAGAAGUACUGCCCGACGUGCUCAAGGGUGUCACCUUCGUCGUCGAACCCAAGGAGAAGGUGGGCGUUGUCGGCCGCACGGGUGCCGGCAAGUCCUCGCUAGUGCUGGCCCUGCUCCGUGUUCUGAAAGCUUCGCAAGGACGCAUUCUCAUCGACGGCGUCGACGUGUCCACAGUGCCGCUGCGACGCCUGCGCUCCGCCGUCACCGUCAUUCCCCAGGAUCCCACGCUGGUGCGUGGCAGUCUUCGGGACAACCUGGACCCUACGCGCAGUCACACAGACGAACAGCUCUGGAGAGCGCUGAGACAGGCGCACCUAUCCGACCUGGUGGCUGGCCGUCAGGAGGGACUGCUCAUCGAAACCGGAGACGGAGGCUCGAACCUCAGCGUGGGCCAGCGACAGCUGGUGUGCCUGGCCCGAGCCCUGCUUCGUGGACCCAAGAUACUGGUGCUGGACGAGGCAACGUCACAGAUGGACGGCGACACGGACCGACUGAUCCAGGCCACGCUGAGGGACGCCUUCGCCCAGUGCACUGUGAUCGCCAUUGCGCACCGCAUUCACACCGUGCUCGACUACGACAAGAUCCUUGUAAUGGCGGAUGGCACCGUUCUGGAGUACGGGCCGGUGAAGAAGCUACUCUAUGACGUCAGUUCCGCAUUCCACACUAUGGCCAAGAACGCCGGAGCCUUACCUUUCGACGCCCAUGGCCGAGACUACGCAUCAAUUACUGAACUGUGAAAAUAACUAACAGCUCGCAGACGUGUGGCUGUAGACUGCCCUGGUGAAACCGUGCUUCGCUGCUGGUGUCACAUCUCGCAGGAUGUGAUCGAAGGACACAAACUACGCCAUGCCAAAAACACAAGCUGAAAGACUAGUUGCCUAGGCCGCGCAGGAGCAGCAAUCGUGACGUUGGCCUUUCGUGAUAUCAUGGGUUCGCGAGUACGGAAGUUAUCCGGCCGAAAAGUUCCACAGGCCACUUAUACAGUUCCGUCACGAAGAAGCACUGCAUUUUGUUAAAGAUUUGGAAGUGUUUAAAUUCGUCCAAAAAUUUUCAAUUUCUGUGGGCGCAAAAUGGCGUCUUCCGUUUCACGCACUAAAUUAUUAUAAAGAUCUCACAUCUCCAAGUCGGUCGGCUCUGUUUCAUGCGGAAUUUCGGCAGGAAGAAAAGUUACCACUGUCAUCAGAUUACCGCGAUAACGAAUGCGACUCAAGACAUCAGCGCUGAUGGCAGUACCUUUCUGGAUCUGGGUUGAUAAUGAGCUAAGAUCUGCUUCUAACUUUCGGCUAACCUGUAUUUAUCACUGGACAAACACGUUUGUGUGCCGGUGCAAUCGUUGUAAGGAAGAGCUUUAUCCAUUACCUACAAGGAGUGUAGUCGCAUUACAAAAAGAAAAUCUGACAGCCUUUAAUAACAAAAGAUGUGUACGUGCGCAGAAUAUAUCGGUUGUCUACGGAAAUAAAUAAUGGCCGGGUACUUCCAAUCGACGUUUAUUUGCGGGGUGUCUUAACAUCGGACAAAAUCAAAAUCUUUAGACAAGAAAAAUAACUACUGAUUUCAAUAGAGACUAUGUAAUGUGUCCAUAUCUCUAGCGGGCAACUUGAGAAGGUUUCACGCGCAUUAUUUGCGCUGGAAAUAGUCUUGAAAAUGCGACCAUUAGCGCUCCAUUCCUAAAUCACCAUAAUUUGACGACAUGUUACUUUAUGAACCUGCCUGAAGCUGCACUGGUAAUCUGACUUCACACAUGUGGCACUAAACAGAUGGAACAUACAUGAAAAAAUGUGUACCGCUUAAUAAGCGUAACUUAUGUGUAACGUAAGUCCUUGGCCUGCUCAUCCUUCUUGGGAGCUUCUUGUCUCUGCUAUUUUGUAUCAUUCCUAAUAUGGUUCGUUUUAUGUUUCACUAAGUUGAACAUAUUUGCAACACUAUUCCAAUUAUCAUGUGUGACGUAUGUGGCCCGAGUUUAAGCGUUUAUUGAAACAUCAUUUCCUCCGAUCAGCCAGGACUUUAGCUAUAGCGACGACAUCAGUGCCAGGUUUUUUCGACGCAGUGUGAAGCACUUCACUGACCUCACACAGAAAUAUUUGACAACGUUGCAGCCGUUUCCCAAAUAUCUGCGCACCAGCUGCAAAGAUCGGCUGCAAGCAGUUGGUACAAUGAAGCGAUAGCGCAGAAUUUGCCGCAGGUUCAGGUAUUUCUCGAUGGUAUGUAAUGAAUGCGAACAAGUACUAAUGGCUGUUACACUUCUGAGACAGCUGAUAACAAAGGUUCCUAAGGCCAAGAUCGACAUAUGCACAAGAAAAUAAGCUGUUUUUCAGGGCCACACUUGAGAGUUUUGCUGUAUGUAUUUACUGUGUAAUAAACGAAGUUCAAGUUA